CAGUGACGAGAAAUAUGGAAGGUUGUGAAGAAUGACAGGAUCUAAGUAAACAUGUUGUUUUCUGUUAUUUUCGAAAUAUUUCUGUCGUAGAAUGGGAGGAUGGUUAUACGUAGGAUAAUUGAUAUAUUUCUUUUAACAGUUUUCGCUGAAGGAUUUUGCUAUGCCUCAGACAUUCCGGAAUUACAAGAACGUGCUGUAGAUCUUGGUGGGAACAUCACUCUUCCUUGUACAAAGUCUGAUGAAUCUUCGGCAGUGAAUGACAGCAUUGUUUCUUGGGUGAGAGAAGGAAGAGAAAAAAUUCGACGGAGAAGAAUUCAACGAGAUGGAGCUCUUGUUCUUACAGAUCUGGAAAGAGAAGAUGCUGGAAUUUAUUUAUGCACUGUUGACAGUAGGCCUGGUUUUCCGAUAGAAAACGAAGAUAUCAGGGCUAGAAUCAGAGUGGAAGUUAGAACUCCUCCGCCAGCACUAGUUAAUGUCACUGUUCGUCCCUCUACUGUAUUGGCGCUGUUGAUGUGGGAUGUAGCUGAAGAUGGAGGGUAUGAAAUCACACAUUUCACUAUUCGAUUCCGCCAGAAGUAUCCCUCUGAUGAUGGCCAACCUAACACCUGGCGCUCAACCCUUCCUGAACAUAUCAGUCCAACUGCUAGGCAAGUUGAUGUUUAUCAUUUGAAGCCAAAUACUACAUAUAUAUUUAGACUGUGGGCAAACAAUCAGCUUGGAAAAGGAGUGGUGACAGAAAUGGAAGCAACUACUUCACAUGAUACACAAGAGAUUGUUAUCAUGUUUGCUGCAGAGUUAGCCAGACAUCUGCUGGAGGGAGCUGAGAACUUUGACACCCGUGUAUGGGUUGCAGCUGUUGCUGUCGUCAUGGGAACACUGCUGAUGCUUGCUAUUGGCACUUGUUACCUGCUGUACAAGGAAUGUCACAUUCCAUCUACCAAUCGGCAACCACCUUCUAAACAAGAGAUAACUGAAAGUGCUCUCUGAUUCAACAGCUCGCAAGAUGAAUGUACACAUGUAGCCAAUAUUUUUCCAUUCCAAAGAAAUGUUAUAGUUAUAAUAUAUUUUGUUAUUGUAGUUGUGUAAUCAUUGUGUUUAUAGUUUCUUGCACUGUUGUAGUUUGAGGCUCGUGCUUCUGUAGACAGAUUUGAGCAUGUCCUGGUGUAAUUAGUGUAACUAAUAGCCUUAAACAUAUAAACAAUCAUGUUAAUUUACAUUCUCUCACUACUUUAUUCAACUUCAAUUGCAAAAUGCACAAUAUUUUGUGUGUUAUCUUGUUAGUUGUGAAAAGAUCACUGAAGAAAUGUACCUGUUUUGUCUACAUGGGGUGGUCUCUUGUUCUUCUUUCAUGCUUGUUCCUUUUUGAGAGUAGACAUAUUUAGUAAGUCUGAAUAUAAUAAGUGUUCUGCUAGUUUUGUUAUUGUAUAUUUGACUGAGAUUGUAAUGACAGCUAAUUUUUAAAGAAAGUGAAUUAUUUGGUAUUAUACUUUCAUAGUGUUUAUGUUGAAGUAUCACACCGUGUAAAUUGUUAUUUUUUGUCUUCUGUAUUCAGUGUGCUGCUCAAAAAUAUGCUGUGUUUAUUAUUAUGUUUCGUUCGCAUAUUGUGUUUUUCUGUUGUUUUUCCUGAAUGGCCUCCAUAUCAUAUACAUUGCCAGCUGUUAAGUGUUAUAUAGUGUAAAACUGAAUCCAAAGCCCCACAUAUUUUGUCAGUAAUGUGAUAAUGUUCUUUUCUAUUCAUUCAUACCAUCAUUAUUGCUGUUAAUGUUGUGCCAUCACAGAGUUCUCUCAAAAUUAAUGAAUUUUUGGCAGCUUAUAUUUUGCUAGUUUUCUGCUGUCGUGUGAUAUGUGACUGUAAAGUGACAUAUCAGACAUGAAGGAUCACUUACCAAAUUGGAUAUGACAAGAAGGCCAAUAGUAAGACGACAUUCCAGAUUUUGAAGCCAGGUAUUUCAGUUCCGGAAGUGGAAGAGGUGUGUCCCCUUUCAUUUACAAUUUCUUCCUUUGUGUUUUGACUACAUACACAUUGCUCUUCAUUCUUUCAGCCCUAUAACACAUAAGCAGGAUUAACUUAAUCAUUUUGUUGCUAUUUUUCUGUUAUCAUGGGCGGGGGGGUUGUGAUGUUUCGGUAAACAAUAUAUAAGUUUCAUUCUUUUGUUGAAGUUUUUCAGGCCGAAAAUUUCAUAAUCUAAUUGUAGCUGUUGCCUUUUGCUGAACCAUAUGUGUUUAUGGUCAGUUUGAGCAUCAAAUUGUAGUAUAUUGUUUGCUUCUAAAAGUUUCCCUGUUUUGUGGUUCACUUAUCUUUUAUACCACUCUCUUGAUUGCUGGUAUUUCGUGCAUAUUUUGAAACUUUCAUUUUUGCCUAACAGAGAGCUUUUUGUUCUGUUAAUCUCUGUUAUACUUAAAUGUUGUCUUAUGGCUAGGUCCCAUGUAUUUAAUAUAACCUUAUCACUGUAUGUGAUGUGAUCUAAGUUAAACUUUUUGUUUUUCAUUGUAUUACUUGUCCAGAAAUUCUGGAAUUUUGUUUGUUUUAUAUCUGCGUUAUCUUGUUCCAGCAAUAAUAGGCACAAAAAACUGUAUCUGUAUGUAUUAUUUUUGUUCACUUCAACUGUAUUUUAUUUUCUGAAACGUACAAUCAGCAGACAUUCUUAAAGUUAUGCUUAUUAGUAUUGCUUGUUCUUUCACUGUCUUGUGUGUGAUUUGUGGAAUAUUUAAACAUACAGCAUUCAGUAUUAAAAAAUAUCGUUGAGUGAGUUGAAUAGUUUAUACAUAGCAACAUUGUUUUUUGGUUCAUAAUUUUAAUCAACAUUUCGCUUUCACUAUCAGUAAGUAAAGUAAAUAGUUUGAUAGUAUUGAUACUAACUUACAUUGCUCAUUAUUCAAUUUCAUUCCUCAGCUGAGUGAGAGGCUACAUUGGUUUUUGAAUACCACAGUUUCCCAGGAAUUGAAUUUUCCUUUGUCUUUGUGUUUUGCUGAUCUGAAUGUGACUUUCAGAGUGGUGCUCUGAAUAUCGUUGCAUGUUCAUUUGUAUGAGCUUUAAAAGUAGAAUCUCACCUCUUUUGUCAGAUUUUUCCUUGCCUUAUAUCAUCAAGAUGUGACAAAUCAUCCUGUGUCAUCCCCUUUAAAGAUACAACUAUUGUUGCUUUGUUGUGAGAGCGUUGAUUCUGUGCAGAUUGAAGGUAAUUGAUGAAAAAGCAUGCAAAAAUACUUAGUUGGUAUUUAUCAGAGUUGUGUAGUAAAAUAGAUGUUCAGCUUUCACUGGCAUCUUCAGAACAUAUGUAAAUAUUGAUCUUGUACACAAAUCAUGCAAAACAGUAUUGUAUAUUCCGUCCCGAUGCACCGUUGCCUUUAGUGCUGACUUUCUUUGUUGAUAUAUGUUCAGGACAGAAACUAAUGCAGUCUUCCGUGACAGUGAUGUAAGGGUACAGUUAAAUAUUUACGCUAUUUAAAUAGUUCAUUAUAGAAAUACAUGAAAUGUGCUCCUAAAUGGUGCUGGAGUAAUUCCAGAAUAUAAAAUAAGCUUUAAAGAAUUGUCUGUUAUAGAGACUUUACUGUAGUAGCUGCAGUGUGUCACAGAUACUGUUGAACCUUUGAUUCAGUAACCAGAUUAUGAUCAUAUUGUGUAUUUCUUGUUUUCUUUAUUAAGCAAAUAUAUUAUUUUUUUCA